AUGCGUGAGCUCGAUCCACUGAUAUCUGAGUAUCGCCAUGAGAAGAAACGUCCCCGUGAAUCGGAGGCUCUUUUCAUCUUACGCAAGGUUGCCUCCCUUGUCAAGCCGAUUAUGCGUCAGCGGUCGUGGAGGGUUGGUGCACUGUGCGAAUUCUACCCGACGCAGAGGAAUCUGCUAGGGCUGAAUGUCAACCAUGGACAAAAGAUUUGUUUGAGAUUGCGAUAUCCCUCAGAUCAACGGCAGUUCCUGCCUAUCGAGCAAGUCGUAGAUACAAUGCUUCAUGAAUUGUGUCACAUUGUUCAUGGACCCCAUGAUAGAAAGUUCCACGCACUAUGGAAUCAACUUCGAGAUGAGCACGAAGAGCUCGUGAUGAAAGGAUAUACGGGGGAGGGGUUCCUAUCACAAGGCAAGCGUCUAGGCGGAAGUAGAAUUCCUCUUGAUGAAGCUCGCCGACGAGCGCGUGCAGCUGCUGAGCAGCGAAAGGUUUUGGCCAAGAAUUCAGGCAAGAAACUCGGUGGUGCACCGGUUCUCCGUGGUACGGACGUGCGCAAACUGCGUGCGGACGCAGCUCAGCGUCGCCUCGAGGUCACUAACGGAUGUGCUUCGGGCACCGAUCAAAGUGACGAGCUUGCUCAAGAAGCCUCAAGAAAUGGAUUCAAGACAAAGGCGGAGGAAGAAGAUGCUAAUGAGCAGGCAAUUCUGCAGGCCUUCAUUGAAUUGAUCCAAGAGGAGGAGAGAGAAAAAUAUGGAAAAUCUUACAUACCUCCAAGUCAGGAGCAUCCUGCUGGACCUCGAGAAGACGAAGUGUUAGAUCAAUCUGACUCGGGGAUAACUACGGAAGAGCCACGGCCAGAGUCUCGCACGGGCAAACUUCCGUCAUCGUUGUCUGUUGUGGACAAUAGGUCUUACGAUUCCCCCUGGACAUGUACGACCUGCACCCUCGCCAACCCGCCAAGUUUCCUUUGCUGCGACGCCUGUGGUGCGGAAAGGCCAGUACCAUCUACGAACAGAACAACCAAUCCGCCAGCCCCCAAAGCCUCGGUUUCACAUUCAACGACGGCGCCUCAAAACACAAGAAAAAGACCUCUUCAAGAUGGUUGUGAGAAAGUCAACGAUGAAGGAACUUCCAAGGGCAAUUUCGCUUUUAGAAACCGAACUCGAGCUAUGGAGUCGCUGCUUUCGAUAGAGCGAGACACGAGCAUGCGACCGCUUGGCUGGCUCUGUAGCCAGUGCGGCAGCUUCAUGGAGUCACAGUGGUGGACCUGUUCUGCUUGUGGGAGAAUGAAGCCAUCAUCUUAA